UGCACGCACAAGUCCAUUCCUCCGGUGUUUUCUUUAUUUUGUGCAGAGGAGAUGCGGAAUUUCAACAACAAAAUGAUCAGCAAGACAACACCAAAAUUAUUACCGUGUGGGCAGACAAAAAUCAAUCCGCAACAUCAUACACAAGAGCAAGAUAAAGUCUUUAAUGAUGCAAAGGAACACUCAACAUCCCAAUCAGUGUCGCUCUCCUUACAGCAAAGAGGUUUAAUGAUGUUCCAAGAAGGCCAGCUUACAGAUUGCGAGUUCCAGUUAAAUGAAGACGACAGUUUUGAUGAGUCGGAAUACACAAAUAUUAGAGCUCACAAAGUGAUUCUGGUUUACGCAAGCGACGUUUUCCGAUCGAUGUUUCUUGGGCAAUUUCCAAAUGAAGACGUCGUGGUCAUAAAAGAUGUCAAGCCGAAGAUUUUUAAGCACUUGCUAAGAUUUUCAUACACUUCAGAUAUUGCGGAAGAGGAGAUUAGCUUUGAAGAACUGCUUGAGUUGGCAGUCAGCGCUAACAAAUACCUCAUGCUGAAUCUCCAGAAAAUUUGCAUUGAUCUUGCUAGGAAAAAACUCACUCCGAUCAAAGUUUUCGCCGCCGAGUAUGUUGCUGAAUUGCUAGACGAAAAAAAGCUCCUCGAAGAUUGCUUGAGGGUGAUCAAAACUUCUGCUGCAUCUGCACUGCUGAGCAAAUGUUUUCUCGGCAUUACAAAACCGCGUCUGCUCACUCUUCUCGACAGCGAAAAAUUGAAUAUUUCCUCGGAAAUGACCCUCAUCAAUGCGUGCAUGCGCUGGGCUCAAUGCAAUCACCCUGAUGGGGUCAACGCGGUCAUGCGAUCUUUCCUGCCAAAACUACGCCUUCUAUCUCUAACUUCGCAUGAGUUUUCGGCAAACAUUGAAACUUUUUCUUGGCUGACAGACUCGGAGAAGGUUGCUGUUUUUGUUAAUAUCACAUCAAAACGGGACGCAAAAAUUGAGAUUCCUUCAGAGUUUUGCAAGGAAGAAAACAAACGAGAGGCAUACUAA